UUUGUUAGCUUCCUGGUUCUUGUUUCCGGCGACCAUUUUCUAUGUUUACAAACAACAAAACUGAGGAAAAUCUAUCAACAUCGGCGUAAUUAUCAGUUGUCAGAUAAAUUCUGACCAUUCUAUCCAUGAUACAAAGUAGCAGGAAUUUUAUAUCUACUCAUAUUUGCCAAGUAUAUGCAGAAUGAGCUUUUUAUUUGGAGGCCGAAGCAACAAGACCUUCAAGCCCAAAAAGAACAUUCCUGAAGGCACGCAUCAGUAUGACUUGAUGAAACAUGCCGCUGUCACACUGGGCAGCGGAAAUCUACGACAGGCUGUCAUGUUACCGGAGGGGGAGGAUCUCAAUGAAUGGGUGGCGGUCAAUACUGUAGAUUUCUUCAAUCAAAUAAACAUGUUGUAUGGAACCAUCACAGAGUUCUGUAUAGAAGAGACCUGCCCAGUGAUGUCAGCCGGACCAAAAUAUGAGUAUCACUGGGCAGACGGGCAGACAGUCAAAAAGCCCAUCAAGUGCUCGGCACCAAAAUAUAUUGAUUAUCUCAUGUCAUGGGUCCAAGACCAACUCGAUGAUGAAAACCUGUUCCCUUCAAAGAUUGGUGUGCCAUUUCCGAAAAAUUUCCUCUCAAUUGCCAAAACGAUACUGAAAAGACUGUUUCGUGUGUACGCCCACAUCUACCACCAACACUUCAAGGAGGUGGUGCAGCUCAGUGAGGAGGCCCACCUCAACACCUCCUUCAAGCACUUCAUCUACUUUGUCCAGGAGUUCAACCUGAUCGAACGACGGGAGCUGGCACCACUCCAAGAACUCAUUGACAAGCUGACCAGCAAGGACCGCUAGUGGGGGGGUCGCGUUGUGACCCACGCCAUAUCCAAAAUGUGUGACAGGACUAGUCGAAUCAGAACUUACAAAACUAAUUAUUCUGUGAGGACAUCUGGGAUCUGGACAUUUCCUGCAGGGAAUAUGUUAUGAAAUUUUAUUGCUGAAUUAUUUUUCUUUCUUUUACUAUUCUCCUUUACUAGGUAUUAAAACCAUUUUAUUAUAUAUUUUUCCUGUCUUUUUAUGUAUGUUUUGCUAUUAUUUUACUCAUUUUCAUUUCCAUUCUUGUCAAAAGAAACAAAAGCGUAUGUUGAUUUUUUUUACCACAACCCCCUUCCCUUCUGCCCACAUAGAUGUAUAUAAUGCUUCACAGAUUUCAAUUGUUUAUUUUGUGAACUGGAUCAACAGAUGAUAUCGUAUGCAUUACAAGUCUCAUUAAAUGCUUGUUAUUUUUGUAUUGUGUCAGAUAUGCUAUAAAUAUGGCAAGAUUGUCUUAGUUUUACAGCCAUUUGAUGUACACUGUAUAGAGAACUGCCCAGAAUGUUUAACACAUACAAUGUAAUUGCAUAUUUUAUGGUAAAAACUUGUAAUUUGUUCAUCAUUCUUCUUGUAAAAUUGAUCAUUUUCAGUUUUUAAACUUUAAGAGAGGGGACAACCUUUCUCAGUUUUAAAUGUCAUUAUAUGAAAAGGCAUUCAAGUUCUCUGAUGAUAUGACUCAGUAUAACAGUGUGUUCUUGCCCCUUCCCCAGAAAAUUAAGGUGGAUUAUUUUUAGUAUGUAUUUUUGCAUGAAUAUCGGUACAUAUAUCCAAACAAUAUCAAAUACUUAGUCAUCGAAAAACUUAGAUACUUCAAAAAACAAUGCUAUUUUAGUUUUUUUUCAAUUUUUUUUUUAGAGUGCAAGGAUGACUGUGAUAAAAAUUUAUGCAUGAAAUAUGUACAUGUAGUUAGGGUCACAAAAGGUAUUGUUUUUGUGUAUGUUUUUUUUUGGUCUUUUUUUUUCUUUGUCAAGGCUUAUCAAGGUGCUGGAGGUGAAAGACCACAAGCUCUCAAUAUAUAAAUCACCUAAACUCGUGCAUGUAUUCACAAAUUUGAUUUGCAUGUUACCAAUUAAGUUUUAAAUGUACGUUUGUAUUUUGAUUUUGUUCCCAUUUCUGAAUUCAGAUGUGAAGAAAAGAAUAUACUCACUUUUUUGUUAACCCAUGUAUUCUACACAAUGAAUUUGUCCUGUAUUUCGUGUGGUUUAAGUGCUAGUGACCAGAGGGUGCUUCUAGAGAGGUCACUUAUUAAGAUGUGGAUCAUCAUUCAUGGCCUUCAAAGUCUUAACUGCUAAUUAGUCAAUAGUGCAAUAAGUUUUAACUUGUAUGGAGAGGCUUUUAGAUAUUAAGACUGUGACUGUAAAUAAAUGUAGAUUGCUUGUUAAUAAGAUAUGAUUUAAAUGCGUAAUAACUGAGAAAUCCCUAAUUUUUAUUUCAUGUCUCUAUGAUACAUCGUCUUUCAAAAGUCAAGGUUGGGUUUUAUAAUUUUUUGGAACUUUGUUUUCAUAUUAGAUGAUGUUUGCAUUUAAUUAGCUGGGAAUGUAGUUCUCUCCAAUUUAUAGUAGAUAAAUGUACAAGUUCCUUAAUUGAUGGGAUUCAGUUUAGUUUUAUGUAAAGUCAUGCAAGUUAAGGUUAUAAAAUUACACUAGCAAAUUUCAUUUUUGACAAAAGAAGCAAGUUUUAUGCCAAAAAUAUAAUUUAUGUCAUGGCACUUGUUUAUAUCAUUGUUAUUAAUGUAGAUACAUGUAAGAAACAUGAUCCCACAUUAAAUCAUACAAAACUUAAA